GAUGCCAACAUUGACGUUAAUGAAAUCGGUGAAGUUAUAUUGGUUGGCGGUAUGACUCGCAUGCCUUUAGUCACCGAAACGGUGAAAUCGAUUUUCAAACGCGAACCCACCAAGAGUGUAAACCCAGACGAAGCCGUGGCCGUUGGAGCAGCGAUUCAGGGUGGUGUAUUGGCUGGUGAAGUAACGGACAUUUUACUCCUGGAUGUUACGCCAUUAUCACUUGGCAUUGAAACGCUCGGCGGUGUGUUUUCACGACUUAUCAACCGAAACACCACCAUUCCAACAAAGAAAUCACAAGUGUUUUCAACGGCCGCUGACGGUCAGACAAAAGUGGAGAUCAAAGUAUAUCAAGGCGAACGGGAAUUAGUCCGAGAUAAUAAGUUACUCGGUAAUUUCCAAUUGGGUGGUAUUCCGCCAUUGCCCAAAGGAGUUCCACAAAUCGAAGUCACAUUCGACAUUGAUGCGGAUGGUAUUGUAAAUGUUGCAGCACGGGAUAUAGCAACGGGAAAAGAUCAAUCUAUCACCAUCGCUGCCUCAUCUGGGCUAAGCAAGGACGAAAUUCAAAAUAUGAUUUUCGAAGCCGAACGUCACGCCGAAGAGGAUCGCGAAAAGAAAGAAACCAUAGAGGCAUCCAAUCGUGCCGAGGCUACAAUUAGCGACAUCGAAAAAAGCAUGAAUGAAUUCAAAGAUCAGUUAGAUCAAACAGAGGCUGAAAAUAUUAGAUCCCAGAUCCAAUCCUUACGAGAUCUGAUGACUAGAGCACAGGCUGGCGAAUCCGUCAAGGUUGACGAAAUCAAUAAUAAAAUUGGUGAAGUACAAAACGCUAGCUUAAAGUUGUUUGAAAUGGUAUACAAAAAGAGAGAGGCAGAAAAUCGAUCUGAUGGCGGGGAAGAUGGAAGUUCAAAAUCUGAAUAA